AUGGGGGAUUGUUCAGCGCGGUGGUUCCGGUCUGGCAGUUUAAUUCAGACCGAAGGGCUGUCGUCUGCUUGCCCCAGUGGCGAUCCCGCUGAUGCUGCCCGCCCAGGAGGUGCAAGGACUUUUGGGGCACAGCAUCUUUGUUCUUCUUUUGGAAGGGAGCGGAGGUUUGUUUCUUCGACAAAGAAGGAAAGCUGUGUGGAUAUCUCGAUGCUGGGGAAGUGUGUGCGGGUACCUAGGUAUAUGAGAGAUCGUUGUGGGGCGGGGGCGCUAAAGAUUUGUUACAAAGAGAAAGAGAAACGGGUCAUAUAA